AUGGAAUUCCUGUCUUAUGGAGACACACUGGGGUCAUCUCUAAUUAUUAUAAAUCUUACAUUUUGCCUUGUGACUAUAGUUGUGUUGGGGAUAUUUAUAAAUAAUAAAGAUUCUCCAAUUGUGAAAGCCAAUAACCAGAAUUUCAGUUUCAUACUUCUCCUCUCACUCAUCUUCUCAUUUUUAUGUCCUCUCUUAUUCAUUGGACGUCCCUCAGAUAUAUCAUGUCUCCUCCAACAAGUGGCAUUUGGAAUCAUUUUUAGUCUUGCAGUUUCUUCAGUCUUAGCUAAAACAGUGACUGUAGUCUUGGCUUUUCAAGCCAUUAAACCAGGCAGGACACUGAGGCAGUGGAUGAAGAGACACCUCUCCACAUCCUUACUUGUUAUAGGUUCAUCUGGAGAAGUUUUGAUCUGUGUCCUCUGGUUGUUUAAUUCUCCACCAUUCCCAGAUUAUAACACUGGAAUAGAGCUUGGAAAGAUAAUCUUACAAUGUAUUGAGGGAUCUGCCAUUUUUUUCUACUUGUCCAUCGGCUACAUUGGAUUUCUGGCAAUGAUGAGCUUUAUUGUUGCUUUCUUGGCCAGAACACUUCCAGAAACCUUCAAUGAGGCUCAGUACAUCACCUUCAGCAUGCUGGUGUUCUGCGGUGUGUGGAUCUCCUUCAUCCCGGCCUACCUCAGCACCAAGGGGAAGUACAUGGUGGCUGUGGAAGUUUUUGCCAUCUCUUCUUCCAGUGCUGGACUUCUGGGCUGUAUCUUCAUUCCCAAAUGUUACAUUAUUCUACUGAGACCAGAGCUCAACACAAAGUCCAAUAUAAGGGUCAUAAGAAGACAUUGUACAGGGGAAUUUUGA